AUGAGGGACACAACUUUAGUCAUAUCGGAAUUUGAGGGCAAAGAGGAGGUCACCGCUCACCGCGCAGAUCCCCUGCAAGCUCUCUACUCUACGGUGAAGAGCGGUGAAGUUGAAUCUGAUGUCAAACUGGACAUGACUAUUGCAGGCCUGCUGGCGAGCAGGACGCGAGCCGCAUGGGGCUAUGACGAAAGCCCGCUCGACGAGACGGCUGCACAGCAUCGGCGCACGAAUGUGUAG